AUGCUUGUGAUCGGUGUAUGUCGCAGGGGGUGGGGCCUGCGGUGGGCAUACAGGGAACGGUAUACUCAGAGUAAUGUGGGAUGGUGUCUCGUUCAAGGGCGUUGUGGUGAGUCUGGGAGCAGAUGGAUGGGGCGAACUUUGGACUAA